CGGAAAUAGCGUACGUCAUUGCCAACAGAUUCAUAUUUCCAUCGCAUAUUCGUUGCUGAGAAAAAUCGUCGGUUUUAGCGACGUAACAUAUUGCUAAUAAGUGUGAAAUAUUGUGAUAAACUUCCUUUUAGCAUUAGUUAAUCUAGUUCAAUUUUAAAUAAUUCAAAAUGUUUAUCUUGGAUUGGUUCACUGGUGUUCUCGGAUUCCUUGGUCUGUGGAAGAAGUCAGGCAAGCUACUUUUCUUGGGGCUGGACAAUGCUGGCAAGACCACACUCCUGCACAUGCUGAAGGAUGACAGAUUGGCGCAGCAUGUACCCACAUUGCAUCCCACGUCGGAGGAGCUGUCAAUAGGCAGUAUGCGUUUCACGACGUUCGACUUGGGCGGGCAUCAACAGGCGCGGCGCGUGUGGCGCGACUACUUCCCGGCGGUGGACGCCAUUGUGUUCCUGGUGGACGCAUGCGACCGCCCGCGCCUUCCCGAGUCCAAGGCCGAGCUGGACUCGCUGCUCACUGACGAGACACUCAGCAACUGCCCCGUGCUCAUCCUCGGCAACAAGAUCGACAAACCCGGCGCAGCAAGCGAGGACGAGCUCCGUCAGUUCUUCAACCUGUACCAACAGACCACUGGAAAGGGCAAAGUAUCCAGAUCAGAGCUGCCCGGCCGGCCCCUUGAGCUGUUCAUGUGCUCGGUACUGAAGCGCCAGGGCUACGGCGAGGGCUUCCGCUGGCUCGCCCAGUACAUCGACUGAGCUGCGCGGGCGCACGCACGCCGCCGCCACUCGGCUCGCUUAUACUCGCGUAUGCUUCUCAUAUAAAUGUCAAACAAAACGUAGCCGCCCAAAUGCAAUAAUCUACUUUGUGCCUGUGUAUCAUUUAAUAAUUACGUUAUAAUCAUUAUCAAGUACUUCAACUUGUUGCUUCGAAGAUGACUGGGACUUACACUUCGUGACUGAUGCUUCUCUUAACUCUUAGUGUGGACCGGACUCGGUCUCUGAACUUCCACAGCUUCGGCUGUCGCGCUACAGAGCAAUAAGCGGCUACGUUCUCUCGAUGUAUAUAUGCACGGACGCGCCCGUUUGUAAGCAGCCAACAAUCGCUCACUAGUAAUGCUUCAUUGUAAUGGUUUGAACAUCUCAAGAUCGAGAGUAGACUAUAAUUCUAAACGAAUCCUUUUAUUGUUGUAAGGAUCAAGUUAUUAAUAAAAUAAUAAAUAAUUUAUUAUACUGCCUCUUUUUCCUAGGUUAAGUAAGUAACUAAUUCGGCAUUGCCCUGAGUGUAGCUGCGCACUCGCUGUACGACAUACAGCGAGGCGGCCGCCGCAGUUCCAUUCAGGACGCAAAUAUUGAAGUACUUAGUUGCUAGCAAUACUAGUGUUAAAGUACAAAGUGUGUGAGCCGAGCAUUACUAGUUAGCGAUGUGUCAUGUACCGCGGUUCUACAAUAUCUCAGCUACGAAUAGCGACUAGCUGUAUCGUUCAGUGAUUUUUGUUUUUGGCUGUAAACUACUGAAAAACAAUAUUAUUAUUAUUAUUUUACGUAAGUCAAAUGAUUGCGUCAGGGGUUUCAAGUUUUUUAGGUUUGUGAAACCAUAUAAAUUUGUGUCUAUAUAAAUAAGGUAAUGGUGCAAAGCAUGGUAAUUUCGGUAUUGUGUAUCAUUUCAUCGCCAAAUAUCUUCAACUCCUGAGACAAAGUCGCACUAGCUAGUACAAGCAGCUUUGUCGUCUCUGCCUCUUUUAUUACAGUAAUCAUACCGCUGCAGAUGUUCUGUCUCCUGCUCUACACGGUUUUAAUUCAAAUUAUAAUAUUUAUUUUCUUAUUCUCAUUCCAACUUGAGUGAUAAUAUUGACUCGAUUAUGUAUUUAUCAAGUAAAGC